AGGCUUCUACUCGAAGCAGGAUUAUGUCUCGGAUUAUGAAUAGGAAUUUUUACUAAAUUUUUAGUUAUUUGGAUAUUUUUUUUAAAAGAUUUUUCCUAAUUUUUUCGAUUUUCAUGAUGAAUUUUUUGAAUUAAAACUUAAGAAAAAGUAGGAUUUUUUAGUCUUUUAAUUUAAAAGGCCUCUUGUUAAAUUAAAAGUUAAAGGGUUGCGACAGCUGGCUAGCAACAUAACCUCAAAAAUUACCAAAACAAAAACAAAGUGAAAAGUGAUGAAAAAUCGUGAAAAUCCUGCCUGAAACCAUCCAGGAUGAUUGGAUUUAGAUGUGUCCGGCUGAAUAUUCGUUCAGUCCUGUUCAUCAUGCUGUCAUUCUUCCUGAACACCAUCAAAUUCUCCCAGACUGCUAUCAAUGAGAUGGACAUGCCAGUGAAGUCAGAGAGUCACAAGACGGUCAAUACAUCAGCUUUCAGGCCAAUUACUUCAGAUGACGUAUCUGCCUGCCCAACGAAUCUAGAGUGCAGUAAGUUGGCUUUUCCUUGCAUCUCGUGCUCGUACAAUCUCUCCUGCCACUAUGGGAAGCCGAUGAAUGUGACUUGCGAAGCUCGACAGAAUGUCCAGUGUCGGGAGAAUAGGGAGUUCGUGAGGACAGCCAUCUGUCGCUACUGCUAUCAGACUGAGCCCUGGGAGCACACUUGUGUCCGCAAAGCUCCCUGCCACACAUCCUACCGCACCAAUUGCACAGUAUUCCCGGAUGUCUUGUGCCUGGGGCACAGGACAUUCUUCAAGAACCUCAACUGCAACUGGACUCAGGGCUUCAAGUGGUCCACAGCACUCAUCAUCAGCAUCACGCUGGGUGGCUUUGGCGUGGACAGAUUCUACCUGGGGCACUGGCAGGAGGGAAUUGGGAAGCUAUUCAGUUUUGGGGGAUUGGGCAUUUGGACGCUAAUUGAUGUGAUACUCAUUUCUCUCCACUACCUUGGACCCGCCGAUGGAUCUCUCUACAUCUAAGGGAUGUAUUUCUUGAGGAAAUGUUACUGAAUUUACUGAAUAAAUAGGAAUUUGAAGGGAAAA